AAGAUGUUCUAGAACUGAAACUGUGCCAGCUCUUUCUCAAAAUGAAGUGAAGUCCUUUGAUUCGUUGACCUCCUUACUCCGACGACGGACCCAUAAUUCUUUGCAGCAAUGCGAGAUACUACCACGGCGAAACGUCUUGUGGCGUGGAGGGGGUGUAAUUGUCUCUUCCAGAUGGACCGCUAGGAGGCCGCGAAGCUGUCGCUCCAGUACUAGUGCACGUUGCAUGGGACCGGCUACUAGCCACUGUGCUACCAAUACAUGGAAUGUAAGAAAGUAAGCAUUCUGGCGCGGAACCGAACCAGAAGUAGCAGAAGUACAUAGGAGGUGUGCGCGAACGAAAACACUGCUGAACACUGCUUGUUUAUUGCACCGCCAGCACGUGCUGGAAUUCACAUUCAGCAGAGGCGAUCAGCAGCACUCUCACGGAAGCAAGCACCUAAAACCAACGGCACACUGCAACAACAUCGGGAUAAAAAAGACCAUACAACACCGCCGAACUCACUACGAAAAAGAUGCAGCUCCGUUACGUGAAGAACCUGCAGGCGCCGGCCGACGGCAUGCAGAAGAUCACGGCGGCUGCGUGGAGCGCGAACUCACACAAAGUCGCGGUAGUUUCCACCGACCGGAUCGUGCACCUGUACGACGAGCAGGGCGAGAAGCAGGACCGGUUCUCCACAAAACCCGGGGAUAAGGAAACCAAGCUGUUUGUCGUCAAGGCGCUGGACUUCUCGCCUUGUAGCACGAAAUUGGCAAUCGCGCAGUCGGAUAACAUCGUGUUUGUUUACAAACUGGGAACAGAGUGGAAGGAGAGGAAAAGCAUAUGUACUGUAAACUGAAAUUUGUUUUGCGACCUGGAAAUAAAUUUUAUUGGUCUCUCUCUCUUGCAUUUUUAUUUUUUCAUUUUUCCACUGUACAGGUUUCACUUCAUAAUUCCACUCAACAUCGACAUUUUUAUCCAUAACUACGAAAGAACCGAUCACUGAAAGGUAACAAAUUUCCCCAAACCUCCUGCGUCACCUGUCUGACCUGGCCGUCCAAGCACCCGAAUGAAAUCGUGUUCGGCCUCGCGGAGGGCCGGGUGAAGGUCGGGCAGUUGAAAGCGAAUAAGGCAGCGCUGCUCUACGCCACGGACUCGUUCGUAAUGUGCAUGACGAGCGGCCCGGACGGCAACUCCGUUUUGUCCGGACACCUAGACGGGUCGAUUCACAAGUUCAUGUUCGAGACGGAAAAUUCCGGGCCUAUCACGCAGAAAUUUUGCCGGGUGCCGAACUGCAGCAUCAGUUGCAUCGGCUGGGGUUCCGCGGGCAUCUGUGCUGCGGGGAACGAUUCCAUGGUGCGGUUUUGGACGGCCGAGGGUAGGGACGCGAAGACCUUUGACUACAACAAUCUGAAGGGCGUCAAGGAGUUUUCCUGUUUGAAAUUCAACCCGUCCGGGGAGUCCGUCGUGCUCGGGAAUUUCAACCGAUACUUCGUCUACGCGUGGCAUGGUAUGGUUUUUAGGUCGGAUUUUAAUUUUUCUGGGAGUGAGCACUCGAAUGACAAGGUCGUUUCGGAAACUGAUCAUGGAAUUAGAAUACUAUUGCAUGGAGUAAGAGCAUGACUAGGCCUUUUAUGUUGUAACUCUCUUAGGCCUAAUAUGAUGGAAAUUGUAUUGCAUGUUGUAUGAAUGACAUGACCAUGAGCAUGACCAUGAAAUCGCAACACAGCCCGCAAUCGCGAGUGGAGCGAAGUCGCCGUGAAGGAGGUGCCGAAUCUUUACACGAUUACGUCGCUGUAUGGAAGGGAAAUCGACAAGGUUCUUCUGGUUGCGACGGGCUCUAUGCAUGACCACAACCUGCAUUUGCAAUGCGAAUUUUUGCAUGAUGAGAAGAUUUUUUCCACCAUGCGCUGAGUACAACAUAUUGCACUGUCUGUUGAAGAUUUAGAUUUUCCUCUCCACAUUCCCUGCUGGCGCUCAGACGGGAGUCGCCUCGUGAUGGGCACGCUGUGCGGUAGCGUCGAGCUCUUCGAUGCCUGCAUUAAGAGGGCAAGGUAUGAUAGGUGUGUUGCAACUGCUCAUGCACAAGAGAAACGGCCGUAGGGAGUUGUGGAAAGAUGAUCGGCAUUCUUACAAUUGAAUACUUAGCAAUUAUAGGAGAGUGGAGAGUGCUGAGCACAAGCUCAAGCACUCGUCAAUCCAUCGACAAACAAAUCUCACGACCAUCAGGUAUAAAGGCGAGUACGAGUUCACCUACAUCUCGUUAUCCCAGGUCAUCGUGAAAAACCUCACCUCCGGUUCCCGGAUAGUGCUAAAAUCCAACGUGGGCUUUGAGAUCAAAAAGAUCAACGUGUUUCAAGAACGCUAUCUCGUCGCGCACACGCCGGAGUCGUUACUUUUGGGCGAUCUCAUCACCUGCAAGCUGUCCGAGAUUCCGUGGCAGUGGAGUGGCAACAUGUCGACCGGCGGGAAAUCCGACGAAAAGUAUUUCUUCGACAGUAUGCCAAGGAAAAACGUCCCCACUCCAGAGUCAAGCUGGGGACUUUGCAACAGAAAUGCUGUAGUUUUGGGAGUCACGCAUGGCAAGUUGCACUCGGUUGUAGCGUAGUGCAGGUUAGCAAGGACAGUAGCAUUACAAAUUCAUCUGCUUAUCCUGUUUACAGCAUUACGAAUUCCAAAAACACGAGCGCAAAUUUGUCUAUCAUGGGGAUGCUCAUCACAAAUGUUCCUGUCAUUGGAAAUCUGCAUGACAAACCUGGGGUUGUUCGGACGUUUAUUUUCCUUUGGAUAGACAACCCGCAGGUCUGCAUGAUCUUCAAAGCCGGGGAGUUGUCCAUCGUUGAGUACGGGCAGAACGAGGUAUUGGGCUACGCCCGGACGGAGCACGUGUCGCCGCAUUUGAUAUCCAUUCAGGUGGACACGGAGAACGUGCUGAACGAUCAGAGUAGUCUCAUGAUCACGGAGGGAGAGGAGCAGAAAACGCCAACGCGUGUGAUCGCCUAUUUACUCGACGUACAGACGAUACGGCUGAUCAAUCUGACCACCCAGCAGAUCCUUGCGACGAUCAAUCACGACUUGAAAAUCGACUGGCUGGAGUUGAAUCCGAGUGCGACGCGGGUGCUGUUCCGGGAUAAACGAAGACAACUCCACUUGUACAACGUGGAGACGCAGACCAGGGUCUCUCUUCUCAACUACUGUAACUACGUGCAUUGGGUCCCGGGGUCGGACGUGGUUGUGGCGCAGAACCGGAACCAGCUUUGUGUCUGGUACUCGAUUCUCGAAAAUACCGACCGGGUCACCGUGCAUGAAAUCAAGGGGGACGUGGAGGAUAUUGAGCGGUCGAACGGCCGGACCUUUGUUACGGUCGAUGAAGGGGUGAACACGGUGGAGUACGAAUUAGACGAGGCUUUGAUUAACUUCGGGUCUUGCCUUCACAGAAAACAGUACGGCAAAGCGGUGGACAUUUUGGAGGAAUUACCUCUGACUCCAGAAACAGAAGCCAUGUGGCGGUCUUUGGCAAAAGUCGCUAUGGACGAUCUAGACGCGUUGCCGGUGGUGGAGCAGUGCUACGCGGUGCUCGGCGACGUCGCAAAAGCGCGGUACAUCCACAACUUAAACCAAAUCCGGCUGGACCAGGGGGAGAAUUCCGUCAUGGUGCAGGCGAAGAUGGCCAUGCUGAACAAGCAGUACACGCGUGCGGAAGCGAUUCUGCUCGACGCGAACCAGUUAGAAGAAGCGAUGGGGAUGUACCAGGAGCUGCACAAGUACGACGAGUCCAUUCGAUAUGCAUUGCAAAAAGGUCUGGGUCUGGAUUUGUUUUUGUAAUGCAAGACUCCGAGGACAACAAAAUCUGUAGUGCAUGAACGCGAUAAUUGGCCAAUGUUUUUGUCGCGCUGGAAGCCAGUCUGUCAUGCUGCUCACGAAUGAAUUUACAGUACAAGAAACCUCGCCGAACUUGUGAUGCUGUUGCGCUGUACAAGGAGCUCCUUUGCGAUUCGAGUAUCAGCAACACAGGUUCAAUAUUCCAGACCGAGACGAAUUUGCACUGCAUAUCCGACUCGCGGAGAAGAAGGGCCACCCGAACGUGAUGCAGCUGAAAAACCACUACUUGCAGUGGCUUCUCUCCACCUAUGGGGUGUUCAAACGUUACAUUCUCAACUGUUACAUGAUUUGUCAUGCAAAAGUACCUUAAGCCGGCAGAUGAUCGAGCUGCUUCGCAUGACAAAUUUCGGAAGGGCUAGACAGCAUCUAAAUCUGCACCAAACUUGUAAUGCAAAAGGCGCAGUCUUCCUCCUUUCCCUUUUGCCAGUCUUGCAUUACAAAUUCAUUUUUGAACUGUUGAGAAUGUAAAAUUCGAGAACUCCAUACCACCCAACAGGAGGAACGCGCCGGGGAGCUGCAGGAAAGAGAGGGGAACUACGCCCGGGCGAUCGAACUGUAUUUGAAGGGCGGUAUGGCUGCGAAGGCGGCGAGUUUGGUGCAGCGAUUUUCCAUAUCAAAUGCAAAAAUGUCUGGGUCUGGAAGAAUACAAACUUGUGAUGCGCAUUUCAGCACACAGAAAAAUCUCUGAUGCAUAGGUAGCAAAAGCUGCCCACUUUCUGUCACCAAAGUGGGGGAUUUGUCAUGCGGAUUCGGCAUUGCGGAAGCUUUUCGAAACCUGUGAUGCUAGAGCUUCCAUGCCAAACCUUCUGUGUCAUGCAAAAACAGCAUGACUCUUGUCUUCCAGACCCAGACAUUUUUACAUUUGAUUUUCCAAUUUCAACUACACCCAGGAGUUACUGCAGCGGAUUGCGACGGCGUUGGAGCAGAGCGGGGUAAGUCAGAAGGCGGGGGCGCUUUACGAACGAAUGGGGAUGAUGGAUAGAGCGAUGGGAGCUUACAUUCAAGGUAUUGGAGAUAGUGGAUUUUGUUUAUAGGUGGAGUUUGUCAUGCGGAGUCGCAGAUUAGAGUUUGUGUUUGUGAUGCAGAAAUUGAAUUUUGGAUUGUUAAGGUAACGCUUUCCGACAAGCUGUGGAGUUGGCGAAGCAAGUACAGCCGUCGCUGGUUAUGCGGAUGAGAAUGUUGUUUGUCAUUCGACGUAGAUUCCAAAAAUACUGCUAUGUGCCGCUUCAAGUUCAACUUUGGUUUGCAUGACACGUUUGACAAACCGUCUUUGCCAAUCUAACUUUCCAUGACAAACAACUUCUCAUCCUUUCCAUACCCCUGAUCCAAUUAGAAGAGCAGUGGGGCGACUACCUGGUCUCGCAAAAACAAACCGACGCGGCCAUCCACCACUACAUCGAGGCGGGCUGCAGUCUCAAGGCCAUCGAUUCCGCGAUGAACGCGCGGCAGUGGCACAAGGCGGAGCAAUUACUAGAGUCAACUCACGGCGGGGACGCGAGUGUGUGUUUGCCUUUCUACGAGAAACUCGCCGGGUUCUACGAGAAAUCCAGGCAGUUUCCGGAGGCGGAGCGGAGUUACCUGAAGUCUGGGAAACCGCAGAAGGCCGUGCAGAUGUUAUCAAGUGCAAAAAUGUCUGGGUCUGGAAGAAUGCAUGUUUGUCAUGCUUGUAUGGCAUGACUCUUAAAUCUGUCAUGCGCGCUACCCAAGAGCUCCAUUUUUCUGUAAUGCAGAAACGCGCUUUGUCAUGCAGAAUAGGCAACACCUAGAAGCUCAGAAACUUGUCAUGCUGAGCCAGCAUGUGUGGCCUCAUCAUGAGACGCCACCCAGCAUCACAAGUUUCCAGACCCAGACAUUUUUACAUUUGAUAGAUGUACGUGGAGCACCAAAUGUUUGAUAAAGCUUAUCGGGUUUCUUCCAAUAUUGUGAGAAAAAAUCCCCCCUCCCCAUAUCGAAAACGGAAUUUGUGUUGCUGUAUUUGAGUACACAAAUCGACUUGUAUUGAUACAGGGCCACGAGACGCAGUUGCUCCCUCGUUUGUAGGCAAUUUGUCAUGCUGUUUCCCGUUUCCAGUUGCUUCCUGUCAUGCUGAAGACGCUAGGCUUUCCUACGCCAGCGAGGACUACAGAACGCAUCUCUUCCCUUCUAGCAUGAAAAAAGGACUUGUGGUCACGAAUCAUGCUACACAAAUCUCCGGUUUGGUAUGGGGAGGGGGGAUUUUUCCUUUUGAUAUCCAAAGAGCUGUCGCAGCGGGAGAGAACGGAUCUGUAUCUGCAACUCGCGGAGAAACAAGAGAAGCUAAACAAGCUUUCCGACGCGGAGCAACUGUAUUUGGCGGUCAACGAAUCGGACCUGGCGAUCAACAUGUACAAGAAGCGGGAUAUGAAAUGCAAAAGCAUCGUACUAGUAGAAAUCGCAUGACAAAUUCCCACAGCAUGAAAAAUGAACUUUGUGAUGCGGAUUGAGGUUAAGAAGGAGAUUUGUAAUGCAUGACUGGGAUUACUACGAGUACGAUGCUUUGGCACAGGAUACGGGAAGAGUACGAGCAAAUGCUCCGGUUGGUGUCGAAGUUCCGGAAGGAAUUGUUGAUUGACACCUACUAUCAAAUGCAAAAGUGUCUGGGUCUGGAAGAGUGCAAACUUGUCAUGCGCAUUUUCGAUGCCACAUGAGGUCUGCAAUGCAGGACCUAGCAUGACAGGUUCUGCGAAGACUCUAUGAUGUCUAUCCUGCAUGACAAGCUGCCGCUAAACUUGUUUAAACGUGGAAAGCUUUUGGUAAUCACGCAACACAAUUUUUUGUACUAUCCAGACUUAGCAUGACAAGUUCCAUCCUUCCAGACCCAGACAUUUUUGCAUUUGAUACCUACAAGCACAUCGCGAGCCAGUAUGAGGCGAAGGGGAACUUGAAACGCGCGGAACACUAUUUUGUCGAGGCAAAGUGCUGGACCAACGCCGUGUCCAUGUACCGGCAGAUUGAAAAUUGGGAUGACGCGAAGCGGGUGGCCAAGCAGCACGGUGGCAAGCAGGCGUUUGAAAAGGUGGUAUUAGCGCAGGCACACACCGUGUUCAAAGAAUCCGGGGCGGAAGCGGGGGCGCAGCUGCUGGCGAAGCACGGGCUGACGGAAAUCGCAAUCGACUACGCACUAUGCAUUGCAAAAGUAUCGUACUAUUACAAAUCGCAUGACAAGUUUUUCCUUUAGAAAAAAAAGGAAUUUGUCAUGCAGAUUCAGGUAAGAAUAAGAAAACACAUGAUCUGUAAUGCUAGACUCGCAUUUGUACGAGUGCGAUGCUUUUACACUGCAUACGCAGUGGAGCACAACAACUUCGAGCACGCGUUUGAGCUCGCCACGAUGGCGGGGAUGGAGGGCAAGGUGAUACGGAUUUGCUUUGCAUAGCUGCGUUUCAGUGUGUGACAGACUACAUCAGUGUAGUGUGAUGCAGAAAAGUAUGCACGAGAAGUAGCUUUCAUCUAACACCACAAUACAGGUCCAAGAAAUCCAUCUGAAACGAGCGCUGGCUUUCGAGGAUGAGGAAUUGUUCGAGAAGGCUGAACAGGAGUUCCUCCUAGCGAAAAAACCGAAAGAAGCCAUCGACAUGUACGUGCAUCAAAGAGAUUAUGGGAGUGUCAGGAUCGAAAUCGUCAAAGUCGACAAAUUUGGGAUGCAUAAAAUGUAGCGCACGCAAGGCCUGUAUUGGGGAGCAGGCAAAUGAGACCGAUUGCAGGCCUGUUUAGGGCUAAGCAAUGUGCUGCCCGAGUAGCGUGACAGGAGCACUCUUCUUUGCCCAAACAGCAUGAGAAACUGGAUGUGGGUGCUCCCGAAAUUUCUCAUGCGCCACUUGAAAACUGAGGCUCUAACUGGCAUCGAUUUUGUGCAUCACAAAUUUUUCGACUUUGUCAAUUUCGAUUCUGACACUUGCAUAGAGAUUGGGUGAAUGCUAUGCGGAUCGCGGAGAACUACGACAUAUGCAUUGCAAAAGCAUCGUUCUAGUAAGUAUUGCAUUACAAAUUUGCUCAGCACGCCAAGUCGAAUUUGUAAUGCUGUUUUAGCUUCGGAAGGCGAUUUGUCAUGCAGAUAUGCAAUUGCAGGGUGCAGCUACGAGUGCGCUACUUUUGCAAUGCAUACGACAAGGACGCCAGAUCGGAGGUCAUGAUUCACCAGGCCAGGGACAUUGCGUCCGAGGGCAAUACAAACGUGAACGAGCAGCAACUGCGACUCGCGGAGUCGCUUUUCGUCCAGGGAAAAGAGCCAGAGUUGGCCGUUCAGAUGUAUAGUCAGAGAAAUUAUGAAAUGCAAAUAUGUCUGGGUCUGGAAGAGUGUGUUGCUGUUUGUGCAUAACACAGAAGGUCUGGCAUGCAGCUCCUAGCAACACAGGUCUUGAGCACGUUAGGCGAUGCCUAAUCCGCAUGACAAGUGCCCUCUUUGGGUGACAAGAAGUGAGCAGGUUUUCUUGCGGUCCACGCACGACAGAUUUUUUUCUGAUCUCAAAUGCGCAUCAGAAGUUUACAUGUUUCCAGACCCAGACAAAUUUGCAAUGCAUAGAAACAUGAUGAACGACGCCAUUCGGGUGUGCAAGAAACACCGACCGCAGAUGUUAGGGGUAUCAACUGUAAAAAUGUCUGGGUCUGGAAGAGUUCAUGUUUGUCAUGCUGGUCUGGCAUGACUCUUAAAUCUUUCAUGCCCGUUACCCAAGAGCUCCGUUUUUCUGUGAUGCAGUAGCGCAGUUUGUCAUGCAGAAUAGGCAACACCUAGGAGCUCAGAAACUUGUCAUGCUGGGCCAGCAUUUGUAGCCUCAUCAUGAGACGCCACCCAGCAUCACAAGUUCCCAGACCCAGACAUUUUUACUUUUGAGAAGGGGAUCUAGUAGAUCAAACCGGGAGUUUCUCCAGUAGCACAGCGGUGGUGGGAAUGGGUGCAAAGGGCGAUCGAGGAAGUUCCGCGGGGAGUUCGAGGAGAGGGGACAGCGCAUAUCAAAUGUAAAAGUGUCUGGGUCUGGAAGGAUGCGAACUUGUGAUGUGUGUUGCGGAUCAUACAAAAAUCUGUGUUGCAUGACUUGCAAAAGGUCCCCAUUUCUAGCCAUGCCGAGGGGGCAUUUCUCAUGCAGAAUAAGCAUCACCAAGGGGCUGCAGAACCUGUGAUGCUAGUCCCUGCAUUCGAGACUUGGCGAAGCUUGGAAAAACUGCAUGACAAAUCUCAGAAUCUUCCAGACCCAGACAUUUUUACAUUUGAUAGCGCGCAAUUAGAAGAGAUUUUGGAUCGGGCGAAGGUAUGAUGUUGUACAUAGAGUUGGGUAGAACUUGUACUAGAAGGUUUGUAUUGCGUAAGUGGGCAUGAGCAACCGUGUCUGUCAUGCCAAACCUACGUACACAACCACCGAUACUUGUUCCACCACAGGUCUACGAGGAGACGGGCAACUAUUCGCGAGCGAUCGAUGCGUACUUGAUGGUGACCGAGAAACUACCAAAUGCAAAAAUGUCUGGGUCUGGAAGGAUGCAGAUUUUUGUCAUGCUGUUUUUCCAUGACGAUGACCCGGAAGGUCUGGCAAGCAAGGUGUAGCAUUACAGGUUUUGAGAAGCUGCGUCGAUGCCUAAUCCGCAUGACAAAUCGCCAUUUUUUUCGAUGACAAAAGUGGGCAACUCUUGCUGUCUAUGCAUGAGAGAUUUUUUUGUGUUGUGAGAUGCGCAUCACAAGUUCCGUCUUUCCAGACCCAGACAUAUUUGCAUUUGAUAGAAACUGACCUCCGACAAAAGCCGACUGGAAGAAAUCUGGGAGUCCGCGGUCCGCAUCGCCAUGAAGCACAGCCCUGUGGAUCGAUAUCCAGUGGUUUGUGAGGACGUCGCGAAGCGGUUGAAUGCCAUGGGUCGGUUCGAAGCCGCGGGACAGCUGUUCGUCGAGGCCGAUAUGCCCAAGCCGGCGAUAGAAGCCUACAUGAGCGCGCAGCAGUGGACCAAGGCACAGCAAAUCGCGCAGCAGUCCAUGCCACAGAUGCUGUCCGUCAUUGAGAGCCGAUACAAGAACGGUAUUAAUAGUUGAUCUGAAAAAAUGUGGGAAGGAUAGUUUGUCAUGCGAACUUCUGCAUGGUGCAGUACAAAACUCAUGCAAAAACCACACUUUAUCCUAACAGACAUCGUGAAAACGGGUGACGGCGACGAGCUGAUCCGCAAGACGGGUGACGUGAACACCGCUUUGGAUAUGUACGCCCGACAGGGAGACUGGAACAAAUGCUUUGCCCUAGCGGAAAAGCAGAAAAACCCGGAGCUCAUGGCGCACUACGUGCUACAGCACGUCAAGCAGUUGCUGCAGCAGCAAACCUCCGAGCGGAUCCAGGAGGCGUGCAAGAUUCUGAACCGGUACGGAGCGCCACCGGUGAACAAUCAGACGACCGCGUUGUAUAUCAAAUGUAAAAAUGUCUGAGUCUGGAAGGAUGGAACUUGUGAUGCGUCCUGUGGGUCACACAAAAAUCUGUCUUGCGCGAUCACCAAAAGUUGCCCAGUUUUGACCAACCUGAGCGGGAGUUUCUCAUGCAGGAUAGGCUUGACAGAGACUUCGCAGAAUCUGUCAUGCUAGCUCCUGCAUUCCAGACCUCAGGGGGCAUGGAAAAUAUGCAUGACAAGUUUGCACUCUUCCAGACCCAGACAUUCUUGCAUUUGAUAUUGUACACGGUGAUUGCGCAAAAACUGCUCACUGUGGAGACAAACGCAAAGAAGGUGGAAAUGGCACGGGAGCUGCUGUUCCAGGUAUACUUACUUAGUUACAAGAAGAUUUUGGCAGGGGUCGGUAUUUCAAUUCUACGUAGUAUCAUGUGAUUUUUCAGAGAACCAAAAGUGGCUGUGACUGCUCCCGAUUGUAUUCUAUUCCAUUGCAUGACAGAUCUACUUCCAGUUUUGAUGUUCCAACAAAUCAUUCUCUAUCAGGUUGUGAUGGGCCGCGAUCAAACUUCUACCCCAAUGUCCGUUACCGAUAUCAUUCAAUCCGACUCCGAACUGGUCCGCUUUCUCCUCGUCGCGCACUUUAUGCAGCAGAAAAACAAGAAUCAAACAAUCGACGCGAAAUUGAGGGUAUGCAUUGCAAAUAUGUCUGGGUUUGGAAACAUGUAAACAUCUGAUGCGCAUUUGAGACCAGAAAAAAAAUCCGUCAUGCACGGACCGCAAAACUUUCUCACUUCUUGUCACCCAAAGAGGGAACUUGUCAUGCGGAUUAGGCAUCGCCUAACCUGCUCAAAACCUGUGUUGCUAGGACUUGCAUGCCACACCUUCUGUGCCAUGCACAAACAGCAUCACACUCUUCCACCCCCAGACAGAUUUGCAAUUGAUAGACGGCGUCCACCUCCGAAGCCUUGCUCCGGUACACCACCCACAUCCCGGUGGAUAGGACGUUCUACGAAGCGGGUAUGGGGUGCAAGGACGCGGAUCGGGUGUCGGCCAGUUUUCUGUACUUGAACCGGUAUUUAGAUAUAGUCGACGCGAUCCAGGACGAUAUGGUGCAGAUUGACAACGCAGAUUUCGCGAAUACCGACAUCCCCAACCCCCAGGACGUGGAGAUACCGGAACACCCGUUUUUGUCGGAUGAUAAAAACGAGGAAAUCCGGGAGUUAGUGCUCGGCUGGUCCGUGUCACCGAACAUCGAACAGAAAUUGCCAACCCGGAACUGCGACAACUGCUCCAAACCCAUGUACGCGGCCGGUCUGAAGUGCUUUAGCUGUGGCAACAACUCCGUCCCCUGCGUCGUCACGGGGCAACCGGUGCUCCGACAGCAACAGGUGCAGUGUACGAACUGCGGGUCGUAUGCAAACAGGGAGGAUUGGAUGAACUACAUCCGGAAAUACGGAUCCUGCCCUUGGUGUCUGAGUCGCCAGCAGGGCAACGCGCUAGGUGGGGGGUUUAAGAGAUAGGCACGAGCCGCCUGCCUUGAACAAGUUGCGGUUUUUUGAACGCCAUACUACACUUAGAAACGGUAUAGAACUCGUCAAUUUCAUCAAUCAACUUCAUUUCUCGCUUUGUUAAGGAUACAUUUGUAUGUAGGAAAAGGCUCUAGAAGGAAGCAGCAGUUUCUUCAGCCUGCUGGAGGUUUCCAAUUGAUAAUCGCUUUUUCAAUUUACUUUUCGAGUAUUGGUUUACGUAGGUAACUACAAAAGGAAGUUUUUUCUUAGCAAUGGUAAACAGAUAAAGUUUUUAUGUGUGAAUAGUCAGGAGGGUAUAGUUUCAGUUUAGCACUGUUUUCUUUUUCAAAAUUGUCUUAGCACAGCUGUCGCAUUGCACAGCUGCGAUGGAAAGAACGACCAGCUGCAAUAGUAGAUCGGCCGAUUUCAAUGUUGGCAAACGUUUCAUGAGAUGAUAUUCGAUUUCCAAUGUAUAAAAUGAAUCCGGAUCCGGAAGAACAGCAUCUGAGUACAUAGAAAGUGACCAUCUAAGUAAAAUCAUCGAUCCGAAACGAAAAUAAGUGGUAGCCCUCGUUUCUUCUUGAAAGUGGCUUGAAUUCCCGGC